UUAUGAAACUCAAUGUGUGAUAAGAAAGAUUUUACUUGAAACCUUAAAGGAGGAAUUGCCACAUGGUACAAUCAAGUAUUCUUCUAAGGUUGUUUCUAUUGAAGAAAGAGGAUGUUUCAAAAUUGUGCACCUUGGCGAUGGCUCGAGCAUUAAAACUAAGGUAUUAAUUGGGUGUGAUGGAGUUAACUCAGUGGUAGCAAAAUGGCUUGGCCUUAAGAAAGCCGUCGAUGCUGGGCGAUCAGCAAUUAGGGCUUUGGUUGAAUUUCCAGAAGGCCAUGGAUUUGAACGCAAAUUCUUACAAUGCAUUGGGCACGGUGUACGAUAUGGUUAUAUGCCCUGCAAUGAGAAGACGAUGUAUUGGUUUUUCACUUUCACUUCUCUCGACCAAAAGACAGAAGACGACAUGGAAGAUAAUCCAGCAAAGAUGAAGCAGUUCGUGCUGAGCAAGCUCGGCAAACUCUCUCAACAAGUCCAGAGCGUUGUGGAAAGAACCGAGCUCGUCAACAUCUCCUGCGCGUCGCUGAAGCUCCGGUGGCCGUGGGAUCUUCUCCGGGGAGAGAUCUGCAGAGGCAACGUCUGCGUCGCCGGCGACGCCCUGCACCCGAUGACGCCGGACAUCGGCCAGGGCGGCUGCUCCGCCCUGGAAGACGGCGUCGUUCUGGCGAGGUGCCUCGGCGAUGCCUUCCUGGCGAAAACACAAAACGGCGACGAAUGGGGAAGGAUCGAAAAGGCGGUGGAGAAGUAUGGAAAGGAGAGGAGGUGGAGGAGUAUUGGGCUGAUAGCGACGGCGUACACGGUGGGGAUGGUGCAGCAGAGCGACGGGAAGGUGAUGAGCUUCUUGAGGGACAAUUUGUUGCCGGGAAUUUUGGCCGGAUCUCUUCUCAAGAUGGCUGAUUUCGACUGCGGGAAGCUUAAUUGAUUCAUCAAUUGGGACUGAUUUAUUUGUUGAUUUGAUGUGUAACAAAUGAGGAGUGCUGUGCGAAUUGGAAAUUUGGAAGCAUAAGUAAGACGAUUAAAUCUGAAUUGGAAGAACAACAUACAAUUGUUUGUUUUUUCGGUAUUUUUUUUUCCUAAAUAUAAAAUUUAAAUGUCUUUUUUCUUUU